AUGGGUGGCUCGAACUCAACGUGCGACAACCUGGAGAGUAAAGUAUCGGAAUACAAAUGUGCACUGUGCAAGAAAACUUUAUCAGUACCUCCUAUAAUGAUGCUUUCCGAAGAUGGAACACGAUCAAAAUGUGGAAGAUGUGAAAUGGUCCCCAAUAGAUCGAUGGGUAGAAAUGUUAUCUACGAGGAUAUGGCCAAGCUACUAUCAUUUCCUUGCAUCAACGAGGGAUGCAAUAAAAAGAUCGCCUGGAAUGAAGUGAAAACCCAUGAGGAAGAAUGUGUUGAGAGUUCAAUCACCUGUCCAAUUCACACCUUACCGCUAUGCGAAACAGGAGUUAUACGUUUGCGGAAUUUGGAAGAACAUAUGAAAAUUGAUCAUUCUUCAAAAAUAUAUUACGAAAUUUUUGAUGCUGAACUUUCAUCGUUGAGCGAUAAACUUUCUUAUGUCUUGAUAUGCCAGAAUCAACCAUUUCUUUUAUUUUUCCAUAGAUUACAACACACACUACUCAUAUAUGUUGCUUCGUUGAACAAAAAUGAAAAAAGUUACAACUAUAACUUGAAACUAUCCAACAUCAAUGCAACUAGUAAUGAUCACUGCCUUCUCUUUGAGAAUCAUCAGAUAACCAAAUACGAAGAAAAAUUUCAUUGUUUCCAUUGCAUCAACAAAACAUGUUCGCUCGUUCAUCAUCGACAUUCAAAGGUAUACGGAGAUAUUCCAAUGAACAUAAAGUGGAAGACUAUGAGAUUAGCCGAAAUUGGACGUCUACUUGGUGAUAUUCGUGGGGUGAAACUCAGUAUAGAAAUCAGUGGAAUGAAUAGCAAACUAGACAUAAUAACACAAUCACCCAAUGAUGUUAGUUCAAAGUGUACAAAUUCAGACACAUUAUCCGAUAUUUUGAGAUCUCAUCUACAAUGUCCAAUAUGUAUGGAGUAUAUGUUGGGAUCCAUAUAUAACUGCAAAACAGGACACUCAGUAUGUCAGGAGUGUAAAAUAAAAUUGGAGAAGUGUUCUUUCUGCCAAGAACCAUUCAAUGAUUCAAGAAACUUUGCAUUACAGAAUUUAGCUGGUGAAGUUCUACUUGCCUGCACGUAUACUAGGAACGGAUGUGAAUCUACUGGGAAAGUUGAAUGGCUUUCAGAGCACGAAAAGGAAUGCAAAUUCAAUAAAACGUGA